AUGUUUGCAUUAUAUGUGUAUGCGUUUACUAGAGAUCCUGCAAUCUUACAGCUCCCUGAUGUAAAAGUGAAGUGAUGAGAUCACAGAGAGAGAAGGGCGGGGGGCUAUAAAUGCUCAAAAGGAGCCUUGAACAUCCUCAGAUACGGGACAGGUGGGGCAGCCAGCACCAUGCAGAGAAUUUGAGACUUGUCCAGAACAAAAAGCCAAACAGGUGAAAGGAUCUUUUUUUUUUUUGAAGCUGCAAGUGGAGAUAAAACGUAGAUCUAAGCCAGCAAGUGGAGCGGUAUUUUUAGUUUCUAUCACUCAAAAGAGAUAAAAACUGGACUUUUUAAAAAUCUUUACACUCCACCUCACAAUAGUUAUCAGACAACUCAACUGAAAGACCGAUUUCAGUUGUGAAGCUGACCAGAUACUUCAUUAACCUCAGGAGCCGUCGUUUCCAGAGACAGUUGAAGCAUCGGUGUUACAAUGUGUUCAGGUAGCUUCGCAAAGUGUCUGGGCAUCACCCUGAUCCCUCUGUCGAUUGUGUGCGUGGUGUGCAACAUCCUGCUCUUCUUCCCGGGUGGGAACAGUGUGGAAAAUGACUACAUCACAGGAGAAGUCUGGUUCCUUGGAGGCAUUCUGGGAUCAGGAGUGCUGAUGAUCUUCCCAAUACCGGUCUUCCUGGGUCUGAAGAACAAUGACUGCUGUGGUUGCUGUGGAAACGCAAGUUGUGGGCGGAGAUUUGCGAUGCUGAGCUCGAUCCUGUUUGCAGCUAUCGGUGUGUUGGGGGCAGGUUACUCCGUUACCAUUUCUGCCCUGGCCAUCAGCAAAGGACCUCUGUGUCAGUAUAAAAGCGGUACUGAGACGAUAUGGAACUAUCCGUUCCUAUCUGAAGACUACCUGUCCAAUAAAGACCUCUGGAGUAUGUGUCUAGCGCCAGAGGGGGUGGUGGAAUGGCAUCUGUCGCUGUUCUCCGUGACAAUGGUGAUGGGUUUAAUCCAGGCCAUACUGUGUGCUAUCCAAGUGGUGAACGGCCUGCUGGGAGCUCUGUGUGGAGACUGCUGUGGGUGCUGUGAAACGAGAGCUGGAGCUGUGUGAGGAUCUCCUGUGGCCGAAGGCACCUCUGUUUCCUGUACAUAUUCUGUUUCCAGAGCACACCUGUCUUGCAGUGACCUUCCUACUGUUUAAAUAUGUUUCUGAAUAAGAGCUCAUUAAUUGGUGUGUGGAUUAUCUGAACAUACUGUGGAGAUGAACUCUUUAAGGGUUUCCAAUUUACCAUCUAGUCUACACUCAUGGCUCUGCCAUAUUACUGUUGUUAAAUCUUUAUAUUGAUCUGCUGCAUCCAAUUUCUAGACGUGGAAAUGUCUACAUUUCCACUUGUAACAGUUGUAACGAUUUUCCACUUCAUGUCGUUGCAUUGACUGCAGUUUUUAAUCUGGCUGUUAAACUUCAUGACUGCCUCCUGCUGGGUUAGGUAGGGCUUGCAUCUCCAAAACAUGGGCAAAAGUAAACCCAAAUCUGUGAUUCUGCCCCCAAAACAUUUCAAUGAGGCCCUGCUUAUCUUUAAAUGAUAAAAAUUAAGCAUUUCUAUUAAAAAAUGUUUUUAAAUGGGAGCAUUUUUAUUAAGUUUCUUCAGGUGAUCAAAAAGUACAUCUACACUUUAUAUUGCCAUUUAACUUGACUACGAAUUGCAAUGUCAAAUGGGACUAAUAACUUGGUAACAAGUCAAUAAUGCAGCAUAUUUUAACUCCUUUUCGACAGAAUGAGUAAUCGGUGGUGUCUAGUUUUACUGUGGAAUAUGGCAUUGUGAGGAAAGUUAUUGCCAACCACUGAUUUACACCAUAAAUCAAAUCACACGUGUUCUUCUAAGUUAAUCGUGUCAAUAAAAGACUUUAGUUAUUUUUUAUUAUUGUUAUUGUUAAUAUAUGCUCAGAUUCCAAUCAAGUAAUCACCCUCUUUUUACAUUACAUAUUGUGGGUAUUUCUGCUUUUGCCAUUUGCUGGGAUUCUGACUUGUGUGAUGAAAUAAAGUUGACCUUUCUCUUG